UUUUCAGUUAUUAAAGAGCAAAAAUUAAACUUACCAAAACACUUUGAUGCUCGUUUACGAUGGCCUCUCUGUUGGUCCGUUCAUGUGGUAGCUAAUCAAGGUGGAUGUGGAUCAUGCUGGGCUAUAUCAGCAGCAUCUGUAAUGUCUGAUCGUUUAUGUAUAGCAACAAAUUACAGUAAUCAAAAGCAAAUCUCUGCAGAAGAUCUGAUAUCUUGUUGUACCGAAUGUGGCGGAUGCCAAGGAUCACAUUGGGCAUUAUCAGCAUUUAUCUAUUGGCGAAAUCAUGGCGUUGUAACAGGUGGCGAUUAUGGUAGUUUUGAAGGUUGUAAACCAUAUACUACUGCACCAAAUUGUGGUAGUCCAUGCUCUUUUGAAUACUAUCGGAGGAAAAUAUCACCAGCCUGUCAAAAAACUUGUCAACCACUUUACGGUCUCAGCUAUGAAGAGGAUCUUAUUAGCAGUCAAAAGGCUUAUUGGAUUCGAGCACAAAAAGGUAACAGUGAAAUUAUGCCAUCUGUACAACAAACUGUUGAGGAAGUUACUGGAAAUGGUGUGUUU